GGUUCUGGCUAGUAUGGUUUGCUUUGGUAUUUCUCAUUGGAUUUUGUGUGUGGCAGAGGAAACGUUUCCGCCGCUUCCGUGACCCUCCACUAGCACGUUGCGGAUCUAUCUCAGACUUCUUCCGUUCUAGGGGAUGGCCAUUUGAAUUUCACCCAGUUCCUCCAUGCAAGUUACCAACCUAUUCUGAAAUUGGCGAGACAAUCACGUAUGGCACUCCUCCGCCACCAUACACAUAUUAUUGUAUUUUACCAGUGAGUAGUAUUUCAACACCUACAAGUCCUCAAUGCUCGGGAACUGUGCAACAGUACACACAAGCAGGAAAUCAGCUCACGCCAAAUAGUACAACACAAGUUGCAAUAGAAGCUGGAUUGGGUUCCAAUACACCAGGUGACGAUCCACCUCAUUAUUCACAAAUAUCGUUGUAUGAUCCUUCGACUCCUGUGCCUUCUCCGAGCACUUUUCCACGUAUUGCUAGUAGUGCAUCUAUCGGCUCUUGUUUGCCCGUUUCUAGCGAAUCCAAUGUUACAGCUGGUUCAACUGGUAACUUACCAUUGGGAAGUCCUAUGAGGCACACACUGCCCAGAACACAUGCAUCUCAAAUCAGACUUUUGGCUAGCCCCCAACGAUCCACCAUGGUUAGAAUGAGUGGGCAUCCUGGUAGUUAUGAAACGCUGCUUGCCACUACCUAGCAGGCACUUACAAGCCCUGAGGAUUUUAAUACUAGAAGACACAAGACCUUGCUCCUCGCUUGAUGAAAACAGGCAGAAGAAUGAAAGACUGCUUUUAAGAUGAUGAAUUAAGUUGAGAAUGUUUGCUCAAUUGUUCAGACAAUGGUUUGAUACAAUAACAGCUUUUCCUUGUCAUUUAAUGACAGGUCUAAACAAACAGGAAAAAAAAAAACAACCUUGUUAAAUUAAACAAAGUGCAAAUUCUUAAUUGGGUAUUGGUUAUGUUUAAAUUCAACUGUAAUACAUAGUGACAGUGAUAUCAUUGUUUAUUAUUUUUAGGCAAAAUUUCACUAUAGCAGAGUUAGAAUAAGAACAUAUUACCUUGUUUACAUUCAUUUUAACUAAAGUGUAUUGCAUCUCUCACAAGGUUAGGCAGCUGCCUAAAGACAAUAAAGACUACAACAAUGUUAAAUAGCACAGCAAAGUUUAGCAGGGACCAUUGUUGUAUAUAAAAUGAAAGUAUCCUCCACUAGUGGUAGAAUAUGUAACAUCAUGAAAUUUGCCACAAAAUGUUUCCAUAACUAGAUAAUGAGGGGCUACCUCAUAUUUAGUUGGUCUUUCUCAUCAGUAUUACUUUUUCAUUUGUGUGUGAUCUCGAUAUAUUACUUCAGUGGUAUUUUUAAUGUUCCAUAUUUAUUUUUUCCUCCAUGAUUACUUUUGUUGUAAAGCUUCUUUUUGUCUAAAACAUAGUCACUAUAGGAGGUUAAACCCAUUUUUUUUCAUAUAAUCAUAAAAAUAGCAGGCUACUGUAUAUGUUUUGAUCCUUGAAGUGUAAUACUCGAUGAUUCCAGAACUAAUGGGAUAAGAUAUUUGCUUCUUGUUUUUUCUGUUCAAGAAGUGGGAAACAGUAUAAUCAACUGAUUUUGCAAUUCUAGCAAGAAUAUAAAAUUGUUUGUGAUGUAUGUUGUAUCAAACAUGGUGCAAAGAAAGACAUUUAACAUGGUGCACUGAUGUUGUAUUGCUUUAAAUCUAUUUCUGAAAGACUUUCUUUGGAAACAUUUGUUGAUGCUUGUGUUCGAUAUCGAGAUGCUGCAUACAUUUUUUUUUGUUAAAGAAUAUUUUUUUCACUUACAAUGAAUUGUAAUGGACCAGU